AUGGCAUUUGGAAGUUGGGAACAAUCAUACAGUUACCUGCCUAUAUGGUUAACAGCUGCUCAACACUUUGUACCAGGUACCAUAGUAAAAUACAAAACUUCAUCUUCAAUGGAGGAAGGUGACAAUAACCCUCCUAGGGUGAUUCUUAACCGUGUAUUUUGGGCGUUUAAUCCAUGCAUUGAAGGCUUCAAAUAUUGCAAGCCACCUGUGCAAGUAGAUGAGACAUUUUUAACUAGCAAAUACCAUGGUACUUUGUUGACUGCCAUCGGACAAGAUGGUAGUAGGAAUAAUUUUCCACUUGCUUUUGCAAUUGUUGAGAGUGAGACUAAAGAAGCUUGGAUGUGGUUCUUGCAUUAUUUGCGAAGAUAUGUUACUCCGCAACCAAAUUUGUGUAUUACAUCAGACAAGGGAACCGAUUUGCUAGCAGUUUUACAAUCCGAACGCGUUGGCUGGAAUGGACCAGAUGUUUCGUCUGUGUGUUAUUUGACUGAACCGGGGAACGAGAAUAAUUUUUCUGGGUUCUUUGACAUCCAAACAUGA